AUGCCAUUACAUAUAAUUGGGAAGGCUGAUAUGUGCACGUCCCUUCUUCAGUCUGGAAAUUUAGCUGUUGAUUUAAACCAUUCGUGGGCCGAAGAAGAAGAAGAUAAAACUCAAGUUGAUGACAGAAGCGUUGUUCUGAAAACACCCACUUUUGAAGAGUAUUGUAAAUUCAUUACAAAAGAAGUUUCUCAUUACAGAAUUGAAAUGUGGAGUGGUCUGUAA